AUGACAACAGAAGAUGAUUCUCAAUUACCAAAACUAUCCCUUGCUUGGCAUACACGGUUCUCCCUUUCUUUGUUUGCUGCUUUAAACGACAUUGCAUGCCGCCAAGACGGAACCGUUAACCGCCGUUUCACCAAAAUUAUCGACCGUAAGACCAAACCCAAUGCCACUCCCAUUAAAGGUGUCAUCUCCAAAGACGUCACCGUUGACGUUACAAAAACCGUUUGGUUUCGCCUUUACAGUCCCUCGGCUACUACUGUUGACGGCGAUGCCACCCUCCCUGUCCUCAUCUUCUUCCACGGAGGUGGAUUCGCGUUCUUCGCCCCAUCCUCUUUCAGUUACGACGCAGUUUGCCGUAGAUUCGUUAGGCAACUCAAUGUCAUUGUUGUUUCCAUCAAUUACCGCCUAACACCGGAGAACCGCUACCCCAGCCAAUACGAUGACGGAUUCGCCGUCGUGAAAUUCCUAGACGAGAACCCCUCAGUCUUGCCGGGAAAUGCUGACGUGUCAAAAUGUUUCGUUGCUGGUGAUAGCGCGGGUGCCAAUUUGGCACAUCACGUGGCACUUCGGGUUGCACAGUCGGAGCUCCGAAAAAUCCGGUUAAUCGGGUUAGUAUCAAUACAACCAUUCUUCGGUGGAGAGGAGCGGACCGAGGCGGAAAUUCGGCUUGGGGAUGGUGCGCCGUUGGUGUCCAUGCCAAGGACCGAUUGGCUUUGGAAGGUUUUCUUGCCGGAUGGGUCGAAUCGAGACCACGAGGCGGUCAAUGUGUCGGGUCCCAAUGCCAUGGAUAUUUCGGGUUUGAAUUACCCGAGUACCCUUGUGUUUGUGGGCGGGUUUGACCCGUUACAAGAUUGGCAAAGAAGGUACUUUGAUUGGUUAAAGAAAUCAGGAAAAGAGGUUGAGUUAAUUGAGUAUCCAAGCAUGUUCCAUGCAUUUUAUUUGUUCCCUAAUUUGCCCGAGGCCUUUCAGUUGAUCUCACAAGUUAAGGAUUUCAUCACCAAGGAAGUCUCCAACUCCAAAUAA